UCUCUCUUCACUAAUAUUGUAGUAUGUAUAUGUGUUAUCUUCACUAAUUUGAACACCUAUCUAAAAGACUAUAUAUAUAUAUAUAUAAUAGUAGGCAUACAUAUCUAAACAUAACACGCACUACAACAGAAAAUCAAAUAAAUUUCUUUAGUGAAGAUCAACGAGCUAAUUUUAUGGCGAUAUCUCAAGCCAAGCCUUUGCUGCUUCUUCUUCUCGUGUCACUCUUUCUCUUACCUGCUUUGGGUAACAAAACCAGGUUCUUCGGAAACUGCGACACUCAGCAUCAGUAUCCCGCUAUACCCACUGCUGUGGACAUUUCUCCAUAUCCGGUUUAUCGUACCCAUAAUGCUAACUUUACAAUAACCGGCUAUACAAAGAUUGCAAUCCCUAGUGGAGUUAGUGUAGAUCUCUACUUAAGGGGUCGAUACUUCAGACCUACUUACUCCCUUUGUGAUAUAACGGCAUGUCCUGUUUCACCUGGCCCUUUUGUCCUUACUUUCACUAACGUAUUCACUUCAAAAUAUCAAAAGAUGAAAGCGGAUGUUAUGGUUAAUCUAAGGAUCAUGGAGAAGAACAUGAAAGAUCCAAUAAUGUGCAUGGGGUUCUAUUGUCCAUUCACUGGUUAUGUGCCGCAUCUCAGUCAAGUUACCGAGUGAAACUAUAUACAUUGUUUCAAAGUCUUUUAUUACUCGAUCUCUCCCCCUCUCUCGUUAAUUACUCUUUGUAUGGUAACCCUAUAGUUUGUAAUCCUUUAUGGUUUCUGUGUUGUCCAACAAAUAAUCAAAAGAAGAGCUAAUAGACACCCUUAGCUGUUUUUGA